UGUAUACAGCGCGUAAAAUGCUAGAUAAAAUUAAAUGUUACAUUAAAUUACGUAAAUUAUACGUAUCAUAAAUUAAUUAACGCUUAUAUUGAAUUUUAUUUAGCGGUAUAUUCAUAGAUUGCGUUGCGAUAUUCACGGCGAGUACUGAAAACCUAUAAUUCACGUUGCGUAUACUAUAAAUUUUUAAUACUUGCAGCGAAUAUUGGAACAGGGCCAGUCCAUUCUUAUAACGAGAUAGUCUUUUAGGUACUUUACCGUUUAGAUAUUAAUACAGCCAUCUGAUUGGCUAAGAAAUAUCUUAAGCUUAUAUUUAGGAUGAUCUUAAUAUAAGAACAGGUUAUGAAUGCAGCGUAAAUCUAUAUAUAUAUUGUGUGUGUGUGUGUGUGUGUGUGUGUGUGUGCUGCGUGUGGUGACCGUAGUUGAUGAUAGUGAGAAAACGGUAACGAUGAUUCAAAACAUUGAACUGUGACCGUAGUCAUUAGCACUGAGAAUGCUACAAAAUACUUUCUAUCCUUUUUAAGUUGACAGAAGAAAUGUUUUCUAUUAUUUGCGAUGUACGCUGUUCAAUGUUCAAAGCGGUUGAUCCUUUUGAUGUAUGCGAACUGUAUACUGAAACGAAAUUCGUCAUUCAAUUUAAACGGGCUUUAUCGAAUCAGAUGAAGUCCGAUACAGCGCGAUUUUUGGCAAGGUCUGUCUGAAGAAGUUUGGUUAAGUUUAGUGAAGGUUAAAUGAAUGUUCCACGUACGAGUUUUAAUUGAACUAUUGCAGUAAUAAUUUUCACGAAAUCCGACUUAUAAAAAUAGAACCUUUAUUUAUUUUGAUUUAAAAACUAUGGAAUUAUAUCAACAGCAACAUGAUAAUUAAAUUAAAAAUUUAACAUAUAUAUAUCCUUUAAGAAAACUGUUAGAGUAAACAAGAAAAUAUAGUAUGCACUCUUUUAUGAAAAAAUAAAAUACGAAUGUAGCAAAUUGAUCAAUUUUCUUUUCUAAUUUGAGAGAUAAAUUAUAUUCGUCUAUGAAUGUAAGAUUGUCUUCUUUUGAAUUUGCAUCCAAUAUUGUCGAUUUCAUAGAUGUAUGAUUAAUAUGGUAACACGGAUGUAGUUAACACGCAACAAUAAGAUUUAAAUUUUUGUGCUGAUAGCAUCUCGAUCGGUGUAUUUACGUUAGUCGAUGGCAGGAUUGCGGCCGCGCAUUUCUGUAUCUUCUGUGUAUUUUCCCAAUUAUAAUCAUAUUUUACAUCCAGGAUAUCGGCAUUUAGACAAGACGCGAUGUUGCAGUAACACGUUCUAAAAAUACGACGUGUACGAUCACGCAUUAUUAUUACACAAUGAUUCGUGAUUUUGCUUUGUUCUUUUACAUGCGCGAAUGAUGAUCGCAUAGUACUGCGACAUUUAUUCCACUGAAGCUCGCAACAGGCAUGCACACAAAGAAUGGAAAGAAUCUCGCCAUAUUUCGAUGUAAAUGAUUCAUCGAAAAACUAUAAGUCUUAUGCUAUACAUUUUAUGAUCCGCGAUACUAUCGAUAAACAAAUCGAUAUAAGCGUGACAUCAAUUUUCACUGAAUUCUUAGAAUUAUGAAUAAAUGACAUGAUCAAUAAAGUUGCAAAUUAAGGACAUCAAAAUCACCUAAUCGCGUGGCUUAUCUGUAAUGAUUUUGUAAGCAACUGGAAAGAAGAGUGUGACGAAUUUCGAAUGCCUCUGCACCAAAGAACUCUCGGCAAUGUUAUUCAAGAUGCGCAAACGUGACGAGCAUUGAAGUCUCUCCUGGGGAACUCCUAAAGAUCGAUGACGCAGUCGUCUCUGCUUGUUGUAACUGAGGGGUCUCAAACCAGUCGUGCCGCUUGUAUUAUAUUAUUACACCGCACGGCCGCCUCGUUUGCUUCGCAGUAGUACUAGCGGAACAAUAAUUACUCAUUGUUCGACAAUGUGUGCCUGCCUGCUGCCGAGGAUGCUACCUUCGCGGAUCGCUCGCGGCGUUCAGAUCCCUUUCACUGUUUGGGGGUAUCCUUACAUAUAUAAGCUUUCAAUCAGGAUACUCCUGCUAAUGGAUCGGCAACCGGCGCCGGCAGUGUUUGCAAGGCAACCGGUAAGGCAGCAUCCCGAUCUGAGCCGAUCUCCGGCGAGAGUACCGAAAUGUGGACUGGCAGCUCCGAGUGUUCCUUGGCGGUGUUCCUUUUUGCAUGCACGUUUUUAAUUGAUUCAGAUGCACGUGCAGCACCCAAUGGAGCUAGCGCUUUCAGCAGCGCAGGAUCCGCAGUAAGUAGUGCCGGUGCAUUUGUUGGUGCGUUUGGAGGAACCGGGAAUUUUCCUGGAAUCCAAAAUGGACACAAGGAAAUUCGUAGCUAUGACAGCACCGGCUACUUCCACGACAAUGACGCUGGUCGUGGUACGAAAUCUUACGACACGCCUUCGGGACAUGGCGCCGGCCAUGAUCACAGCAUAAAAGGCGGAGGUCACGACUAUAAUAGGAACGGUGACGGCUGCUCUAAAUGCAAAUGGGAGAAUGACGAUUACUGGGAACGGGAUGAACCAGAAGAGGAACAGAACGAAGACGAAUGUGAUGACGGCGAUGACGGCCAAUACAGGCCUCAAAAACCGCAUCAUCAUGACGCAAGUGGUAGGGGACACGCACCAGGUUCUCAUCCAUCCGGGGUGCACAAACAGGGGCCUACAGGCGUGUAUCUCGACGAUGGAGCCAACGCAGGAGUUAAAGGAGGCAGACCUGGUGGUAUAAAUUUUCCCGCUGCCGCCGGACAUGCAGGAUCAGAUAGCGGCUUUGGAGGAACCACGCCGAAACCUGGAACCAACUGGAACACUCCAUUCGCGUCAAAACCAGGAUAUAGUGGCGCGGCUGCAGGUCCCUUCAGAACAACCUCUUGGCCAAAAGCGAACACAGGAACAACGCCAGAUUUUAGUUUAUUGUGGAGACCUACUUCGACCAGUGGAUACGACAGUGGAAGUUUUGUAACAACACCGAGACCUGGCACAAACUGGAAUACCGGAUCUGGAGGAAAACCUGGACAAGAGUGGAGUACCGGACCUGAUGGUACGCCAACAACAGGAUUUCCUUCCUCACGGAAACCUGCGCCUGGCUGGAAUGCUCACGAUAAUAGACCUGGAAAUUUCGAUUCCACACCGAUACCGGGAUCAAACUGGAAUACUGGACUCAGUACUUCAACAGCGGCUCCUUGGGCUGGACAAGAUAGGAGUUUUGGAACAACGCCGAGACCUGGACAGAACUGGGAUAUCGCAUCUGGUAGUAAACCUGGCCAAAACCCUUGGAAUCCAAACUACGGAGCUACGCCUGAUAGUCAGUCUGAUUGUACUCAGUCUAAUUUAAGCUGUAAUCAAGGGAAACAAGUUCCUGUUAAAGUUGGUGCAACACCUAUUGGUCCAACGAAAAGCGGCGAAUAUCCGAGUGCUGUUUUUCCUGCGACAUCGCACACAGGAAGUGACAUACCCUCAAGUUAUGGAAGUCCAAAGCAAGAUCAAUAUGGGCCAUACGGACAACCGGGAACACAAACAGCUCCUAGCGGUGUUUACGCUGGAACAGGUGUAACAUCUGUAAGCGCGUCUCAUGGAAGAGUACCAGAUUUUGGAAAAAAAGAUCAUCCAUUUGGUUUUGACAAGCCAACAUAUAGCCAAGUCCCACCGGAUAACAGGCCAUAUCCCAGCGGAAUAGAUCAAGCAUAUCCUAACACUGGUAGCGAUACUUAUGGUCCAGGAAAUACUCCUGAUUAUGGCAAGCCCGGACAUGGGAGUGGACCUCAUAAUACAUGGCCGUCGAAUGUACCAACUACUUUCGGAAACACAAAAGGGCCAUAUGAAGGAAUUAAUUCACCUGCUGCCGUUCCUGGAGCUCAAGGUGUCACCAAACCAAACUACGAAACUAGUACCUAUUCCUGGUCAACUCCCGGCCAGAUUGGAAGUGGAAGCAGUAGCUGGCAUGGUCCGGGAGGUACAGGUCCUCACGCUGGAUUUCCUACGUCAAAUACUAUAUUUUCAACCACUAAAAAUCCGUUUAGUUACGGGAGCACGCCAAUUGCAUCCGGCAAUCCUUAUCUCGGAACGGGACCAAACCAAUUUGGUUUUAACAUAGCAAGUAGUGGUGCGAACGCUGGUGCAGGCGCGUUUGCAACAUCCUUCGAUUCUCAUAAUACUCCCGGUAUAAUUGGAACUACUACACCUUCUUAUGGUACGACACACAAGUUCAGAGGUACAAGUUAUCCUGGAGUCAAGGGUUAUCCUGGAACUACUCCUUACGGCACGCAUCCUAACAUUGGAAAUGCUUGGCCUGAUGCCGGAAGUGGAACUUCGCCUAACAGAUAUCCUGAAACCGUAGGGAAUACUUGGCCCACAGGACAACCUGGAAUCAGUAAUGAACCUAGAGGAAAACCUGGAGAUGGAAGUGGUAUUGCACCUGGCCGAUAUCCUGGAAGCGACGGUGGAAUUUGGCCCACUGGGAGACCUGGAAGCGUAAGUGGAACUACACCUGGUUAUUUUGGAACCGGAAGUGGAAAUAGGCCUGUCGAACAACCAGCCAGUGGAAGUGGAACUUGGUCAGACGGGCAAUCUAAACCAGCCGGUGGAAGCGGACCUGGAUGUUCAAGUAUAACUUGCGCAAGUCCUACUGGUUCGGCUGCAGGAAGCAGCAAUUGUGGAAGCGGAAACUAUAAUUGUGGCAGCAGUUGCAGUGAAGGCAAUUAUCCGACGGUACAUGGGCCAUGUGAUGGGCCAAUAAGUGGUCCCAGUGGUGUUAAUAAGACAUAUUAUCCCGCUGGAACUGGUGAUGGCAAUGUUCCAAAUCUUGGCAAUACAUAUAGGCCGAAUUCACCUUCUAAUAAUAUUGGUGCGGGAACUUAUCCUGGAACGGGAUGUGGAAGUGGAGAUAGUUCAUGUAAUCAAGUUGGAGGCACAAAUAUACCAGAAGAACCUAUAAAAUGGAAUCCAGCAAAUCCAUUUUUGUUUGGAACUGGAGGCAGUACUCCAAGCCAUGUUUCACGCCCCUGGGAUAGUGGAUCUACAGUUAAGCCAUUAGGUGUAGGAAAUCCGUUCCUUGAUUCCAGUUGGAGUACUCCUAAGCCAGGGUAUAAUGCAAACGAUAAGAAUGUAAUCCCUCUUGGAGGUGAAAAUAAUAAGCCUAUCGGCCAAGGCAAUCCUUUCUUGGACAACAGCAAGACAAGAGGAGAUAUUAAUGUGGAUGAAGGAGUGAUUCCACUCGGUGGAAAACCUGAAGGGAGUAAUCCUUUUAUCAGACCUGAAAGCGGAAGCAAUGGUCCAUCAUAUGGUAGACAUCCUGUCGGAUUUCCUGGAUCAGAAAUACCGCAAAGUGAGAGUCAUGGAGAUAGAAAUGAUGGUUUUCAUCCCGGAGGAACUUCACCGCAAGCUGGAAGUAAUACUGGACCGUAUCCGACGGCAGGGAAUCCUCAAAGUCCAUUACAGUGUAAGCUGGGUAUUUUUGGUUGUGGAACACCCGGUAGUGGAAGUUAUGCACCUACGAAAGGUGGCAAGCAUCCAGAAGGAUCGUUUGGCGGGAUCGGUGGAUCUACGAAUGCCGGUGCUGGAAUCGGGUCCGGCCCAGUAUCCAGUCCAGACCAUUUUAAUAGUGCAGGAUAUCCUGGAUCAGCAGGAAGUAAUGUAGGAUCCAUCAGUGGUGCGGGAGCUUAUGCUGGAUCCUUCAGCAACGCUCAACCUUCCAGUUUUGCCAGUCCUAAAUCUUUACCUCCCUCUGAUACAAGAGGAGUUGGUAAUAAUUUUGGCCAAGCCUAUAGCGGAAGUUGGUCUUCCAGUGGAGCGCAAAACGUAGGUGGAUCUAAUCCUUGGGCUGCCAGCGGUGCUUCUGCCUUUGCCAGUAGUAGUGCCGGAAGCUGGUCAGGAAAUCGGCCCACCAACGUAAAGGGCUAAUUAUUUUAGUCAGAAGAGGAAUAUAUUAUAUGCAAAAUAUAUAUAGAAUAUACGCAAACGACGAUAUAAUUUCAAAAGUAUACAUUCAAUUGUCGCUUAACAACUAAAGCAUUUUUAUUUUUCAGUUCUCGCUAUUUAACAGCUAAGCAAUUUCUUUUACGUGUAAAUCCUCAUGUAAUUUUGUAUAUAUAUAUAUAUAUAUAUAUAUAUAUAUAUAUAUAUUACAUGUAUCGUAUCGUAUUCAUUUAUCAGUAUGAUAAUGAAUAGAUAAAAAUUUUUAUAUUGUAUCUAUCUGUACAUUAUCUACCUGUAUACAUAGCCUGAUUGAUUAAUUAAAAGUAAACAGGCUUCCCAGAACUGUACACCUAAUAGUUUACGUUUCAGACACUAAUUACCCGUUAUAUAGUCGAUGAUUGGUCAUGGAUAUGCGAUGUGCUGUGACAACUCAAUGGAUACAUAUAGGAUGAUCCGUUAAAGAAUCUUAUUUAAUUACUAUUAAUUUGCGUCAUUCUUAUGAUAUCAUUUUUAUUUUAAGCAAAAUAUAUAAAAUGCAUAUACAUUUAAUUCUUUGAAAAAUAUUAACAGGAAAUAUUCAGGUAAUAUUCGCGCGAAUAUUGCAAGAGAUGGUAAUCAACGUAUCGUUCACCCGAUAUAUGCAAACGAGCGGCUAUUAUGCGAAUACAAAUUGUACAAUGGAAAAGUAAUUAUAGUCAUAUAUAGUUAUAUAUAUGACUGAAACACGAAUAAAAGGAAUCAAGUUGUAUAGGA